AUGUUUAGUUUGUUCGGCAGCACUCACUUCAAUGACAUCAAAAUUGGUGGUCUCAAGAAAGCGCUCGACGAUAAGCUAAACCCCGAAGAAAACGAAUUCAAAGGAGUCAAGGUAGGUUUUUCGCUGGACUACUCAGGAUUGGGUGUUGUGGAAUCUUUGACCAAUACGAUUAGCGGUUUCUUCUCGGGUGAAGGCAAGAAAGAUGAGGGUGACACGACCGAGGGAAAAGUUGAGGAUCCAACGGGUAAAUCGGCUGGAACAAAUCAAGAUCAAGUUAAACUAUCAGUCACGCGAGAUCACAAGGACAUCAAACCGGUGAGCGUCGACGAGGUGAACUCAUCCAUCAGAUUAUUGGAACGCUUUGAGAAAGAAGAAGUUUUGCGGGCCGAACGUCACUCCGCCGAGAAUGAGCUGGAAGCAUUUGCAUUUGAAGCAAGCACCUUGAUUGACGAGGAGAAGUUCAUUCUUCAUUCAAAUGAAGUUGAACGACAAAAGUUGCAAGCGGAGGUGACACGAGUUCGGGCUUGGCUUGAAGAUGACACGCAACCAUCGACUCCAACAAAAGAUUUCAAAGACAACUACAAGAAGAUCAAGGAAAUCGUUGGAGCCGAUCAACAAACGAAUCUCGAAACACAAAAUCGCCCACCGGCUUUGGAAGAAUUGGAGAAAUUGAUCAACACAACGAUCCAACUUGUCACGCUCACAAAGGCAAACUUCACCGAAACGGCCACUGUAACAGAGGGAAAAGAAGUAAAAGCAGUGAACGAUGAAAUUGCAUCGUUCAGCACGAAAAUUGACAAGCUCGUAACAUGGCUGACAAGCAACAAGAAGCAACAGGCCAACUUGCCGAUUAAUGAGGACUCCGUGCUGAAAACGGAGGAUAUUAAGAGCAAGACAUCCGCUUUGCAACGAGCUUUUGCGCAACAUUUCCAAAAGUUGACACGGUUGACGGAAGAUGUCGUCAAAGCAAAAAAGAAAGCGGAACGAGAAGCAAAGAAGAAAGCUGCUGAAGAGAAGAAAGAGACUACCGAGUCAAAAGCCGAGCCACCAAGCGAGGAACCCAAAGAGACGCAAGACGGAAAAGUCGAAGAAGAGAAAACGGAGCUG